UGUAAAUAUAACCCGUUUGUUGGAGAGGAGCGGACGUACUAUCGAUCCUUUUCUUCUUUAUGCUGUCACCCUCUCCCUGUCGCUGGGUUUUCUCGACAUCCCCUCCCCUGAGUACGCUUGCUCUUCCCAUCCUACCUGCAAGAUGACCGGUUAUCUUAAGGGCAUCCAGACGCGCAUUUCGGAAAGAGAACGACCAUGGUCGGGAUCAGUGCAUGCUUGUGGAGUAUCUCAUACCCUGUCCCCUUCGUCAGCUUCAGUGCAUGGUCGUGGAGUAUCUCAUACUCUGCCCCCUUCGUCAGCUUCUGGGCUCACAUCCUCCAAGCUGUACUCACAUGGGGUGCUUCCCUCUCAAACUGUGCGCCUACUGCAAACCGGACUGCCGCCUUCACAUGCACACUCUGCUCCUUCUUCCUACUCCACCGCAGUUGCCCUCCAAGGGACGCGUUCAAGUAAGGGCUCAGAUCCCUCUACGCUGCAUCCCUGGACAGAGUCAGGGUUGCAUGCAGUUGAUAAGUCGCCAAGCCGAGGGCAAACUUCUGCAUCUCUGCCGUCAUCCUCCUCCUCUGGAGCCUCUCAGCUGCAGUCAUCGUCAUCCGUAUAUCCUGUUCCAUGCAAUCGUGCGUGCAUGCAGAGUGCUACUAUACCAUGCAUGCAAUCGGCGUUACAGUGCAUGCAAACCAAGCAAUCACCUCCCACUGACGGCAUGUUAGCACUGCCAGGCUCUGAGAGUUCCCCCGUGUCUACCCGUCGCCAACCUCCACUUGCAACCCCUUUUUCUGCUGGGGAUGCAUUGGGGGUAACCAGAGGAGACAAUUCCACGCGUGACUCUCAUGGUGAUGAGGCUGUGGACAAUGUGGACAAUGACGUGAUCCGCUCAUGUAAAAGCUCAUAUCUUCGCAUGACAGACCGUCAGCGCCGAGGCGCUCCCUGGUCCCACUCGGACACAAUGGCCCUUGUCAGAGCCAAGCGAGAGGAGGUUGCACUCUUCAACAGCAGCAGUUCAAGACAGCGAUGCAAGACGAGGCCAGAGAGGUGGGCAGAUGUCAUGAAGGCAUUACAUGAAUCGGGUGUUCGUCGUUCCUACAAGGAGUGCAAGAAACGGUGGGACAAUCUGUUGCAGAUGGUCAGAAAGAUUGCUGACUGGAAUCAGCAAUGCCUUGCCCAAAAGAACUACUGGUUGAUGGACCGCGUGGAGCGUCGGGCUAAAGGCAUGGUUUUCAACGUUGAGAGAGAGGUCUUCGAUAGCAUGAUCGAGUGGGUCAGCCGCAAGCGGCCCAGCGGCGCCAAAGGUGCCGAUUCGCCAGUGGACGCUGGCGGUGAGGAUCCUGCUGCUGCUGUAGACAGGGAAGAGGCAUGCAAUCCUGAUGCUGCUCCUCAGAGCAGAGUUGAUGACAUACCCAACACAGAAAAAGCUCCCCAAGAAGCGUCCCAUCAGCCUAUCCUCCCUCCAUUAUUGGGCCUUGAUGAAAAGAAGAACACUGAUAUUAAGCAUGCUAUCCAAGAGCUGACUUCGGCAAUAAGAGAGUCCAGCAAGCAGCUGUGUUCGACUCUGCAUGAGGUUUGGCAAAGUCAUCAAGCCGUCUUGGACAAACAUACUCGAUCGCUGGAGCGGAUAACAGAGGUUAUAGUUGUGGGAAACCAGAGGUUUGAACACGCCAUGAUGCACGUGUCAGAAUCCAUUCACGGGCUGCGGGAGCAGGUGAAUUCACGUCCGUAAGCUGGACCAGCAAUACACUGCG